ACAAAACAAACAAACAAAAAAACGCUCGAAAAUUAGAGGGAAAUUGAGCAAGUAACGACCACAAACCUGUAACCAGCCUAUUCACCUGCAGGUUAUGGAGUCAGGAAUCUGCCCCCACUAGCUUAGCUUAGCCGUAGGCACGCCGAUCUAAUGGGCGUGUCGUAUAUAGCUUUCUGUCUAUAUCUGUGGCUCGUACUGCAGUUGGACACGGGCAGAGCACUUCCUCCUCAGACUUAAGUUUUUUAGGUGGACGACGGAUCCACACUGACCCGUACAGAAACAGUCGGCUGCAGGUCAGACGGCCAUGUCCUCUAUCACCUGCCGGGUUCAGUUCCUGGAGGACUUCGACCCAUUCGUCUGCACCAACUUCCCCGAACCCAGGAGACCUCCGACUGUUAGCGUGGAGGAGAACUUGCAGCUCAGUGAGCAGAUAGCCGGGAUACACAAGCUAUUGGAGGCGCCUCUGAAGUUGGAGGAGUGCACCCUCCAGUUGGCUUCUAACGGGAAUUACCUGGAUCUUGAUUCCUCACUGGUAGAGCAGAGAGAUGACCUCGACAGCUUCUACGAAGAUGUGGGAAAAGGGAAGAAGCCCAUUCUGAUCCUGAGGACUCAGCUCUCAGUCCGUGUUCACUCCAUCCUGGAGCGGCUGUAUAACUCCCAUGGUCCAGAGCUCAGACGAUCUCUCUUCUCUCUGAAACAGCUCUUCCAGGAUGAUAAAGACCUGGUUCCAGAGUUUGUGGCAUCAGAGGGUUUGACAUGUUUCAUCAAAGUGGGAGCAGAAGCCGACCACAACUACCAGAACUACAUUCUGAGAGCACUGAGUCAGAUUAUGCUGUUUGUGGAUGGGAUGAACGGAGUGAUAAACCAUAAUGAGACAGUGCAGUGGCUGUACACGCUGACAGGAAGCAUGUCUCGUUUGGUGGUGAAGACAGCCCUGAAACUGCUGAUAGUGUUUGUUGAAUACACAGAAUCCAACAGUCCACUGCUGAUUCAUGCUGUCAACACAGUGGAUGGAAAGAGAGGUGUGAAGCCAUGGAAUUAUGUGACCGAAGUUCUGGAGGAGAGGAACGGCUCCGAUACUGAACUUCUCAUCUUCACAAUGUCGCUGAUCAACAAGACUCUGGCAGCACUUCCUGACCAGGAUUCCUUCUAUGAUGUGACUGACUGUCUGGAGCAGCAGGGGAUAGAGAGAAUCAUCCACAAACACAUGUACAACAAGGCCACCGAACCUGACCUCCGCACUCAAUUCACUAUCUAUGAGACUGCUUUGAGGUACGAGGAUGGGGAGAUGGACAGCACCUCUCCGCACCUCCGCAAGGAGCGACGAAAGGUGUCUGCUGGCGAGCAGGAGGGGCGAAGGAGCCGCCGAUCUUCCACCCAGAACCUUCCUGACCUUCUGUCCGCCCCUCCCCCCACCUCCUUCCCCUUGCCCUCCAUCACCCCAACCCUCCUAACCCCUGCACUGUCCUUGUGCUCCUCCUCCCCCACAGCAGGGUUAAACAUCCCCCCCCCCUCCUUGACCUCUGAUCACAAUAGCCCUGCCUCCUGUCUCUCUGGCUCUCAGCAAGGAUCUCCUUUACCCCCUUCUGGAGCCACCAACAAUACUGCAGCCAUGACAGAAGCAGACAACAAGAGACCUUCCAGCCCGAGUCGCUCUUUCCUCAGCCACCACAUGUCUGCCCUUGGCCUGAGCAAGAAGUCCAGGCUGUUCUCCAAGGCUAGCUCUAUCUCUGAGGAGCCCUCAGCCCCCUCCAGCUUCCCACAGUCACCCACAGACCUUCCUAACCAAGAGAGGUCACCUCAGUUCAUACCAGAGCAGCCUAACAAAACAGGGACCAAAAACAAUUUCAACACUGGGGAGACUGACCUGCCCUUCUGCCCAGAUGACUAUAAUGUAAAUCUGGACAAACCAGUUCUGAGGAGGUUUGAAGACACCUUCCUGCGCAACCUUGCUGCCACUCAGUGGGAGAAGAGGAGAAGAAGUAAACACCAGGACACACCAUCCUCACAUGAUGAGAUCAACGCUCCUCACCCACAGCCUGUAGAGGACAACAGCGACCUGAUAGAAAGCUCCAGGAAUAGUUGCAGCAUGACGAAAGGUUCAGAAGGACAGAUUUCCAGAGGUAGUGCUUCCCCAAACAGCACCCUGGAAACAGAGGGACAGUCAGAAUCCCAGAAUGAUCCAGCAGCAUCUAUCCAGUGGCAGUGCAGCACUUUGUCCAAUGACAGGAAGUUCCUGCUGGACAUGCUCUACUCCAAAAGCUCUUCUGCAGUACCUCUACCAACAGCUACCAACACCAUCGCAGAAGAAAGGAACGUCCUCCCUGGUGGUGAUUUGGGUGGUGUGGGCCACCUGGCAGAGCGUCUGUCCAACCUUAAAGCCCGAUCAGCCGAAGUCACCACCCCUACAGAGGACAGCACCUCCCGCAGGGUGGAGCUGGAGGGGCUGGAGGGAUCUGCCCGAGCGGCCCGCGCCAGGCUUGCUGAGGAACAACAGCAGAAUCGUCACCUCCGGCCACAAUACAGCAUUGAUGCAGAGAACCAUGCCCGCCGGCUGGAAACUACCCAGAUGACCCCGUUGGGUGCCGGGGGCUGUUGUGAUGCCUGGGACCAGCUGCAGCCCAGUGCUGCAACAUUGCGGAUUAAAGACCUCGACUUCUCUGACCUCCAGGACGAUGAGGACAUUGAUGUCCUUGACAUAGAUGCCUUUGACUCCUCCUCCUCCUCUGGCCUUCCUCCUCCUGCUCCACCCAUACCAGGCUUGGCUGCAGCACCGCCCCCUCUGCCUCCUCUCCCUCCUCUCCCUCCGCCUCCCCCAGGUGCUCCAAGAGGAAUAGCUCCGCCCCCCCCACCACCUCCUCCCCCCGGCGCUCCCCCCCCUCCUCCCCCUCCGACCUCUUCCACAAUGGAGGGAUUGCUGUUGAAGAAGAAGAAGAAGACAGUGAAGUUAUUCUGGAGGGAGCUGAAGCAAGCCGAAAGCCCCCGGAGAUGUCGAUUUGGCCGUGGGACAGUUUGGGCAUCACUGGACAAGGUGGUGAUCGACACAGCUCGUCUGGAGCACCUGUUUGAGUCCAAGGCCAAGGAUUUGCCUCUUGCUAAGAAGGGAGCAGAGGUGAAGAAGUUGGAAAUCCUGGUUCUUGACCCCAAGAGGAGUAAUGCCAUCAACAUCGGCAUGACUGUCUUGCCAGCUGUUCAUGUCAUCAAGACUGCCAUCCUCAACUUUGAUGAGUUUGCCAUCAGUAAGGAGGGAAUAGAGAAGAUCAUAACCAUGACUCCUACAGAAGAGGAAAAGCAGAAGAUCCAGGAGGCACAGUUGGCCAACCCAGAUGUUCCUUUGGGAACAGCAGAGCAGUUCCUCCUCAGCCUGGCCUCCAUCAGUGCCCUGACCGCUCGACUGCAGCUCUGGGCCUUCAAACUCAACUAUGAAGCCCUGGAGAAGGAGAUAGCAGAGCCUCUGUUUGACCUGAAGCUCGGCAUGGAGCAGCUGGCUACAAAUCAGACCUUUAAGCGUAUCCUGGCAACACUGCUUGCCAUCGGAAACUUCCUUAACAGCUCCAAUGCCAAGGGCUUUGAGCUGGGUUACCUGGAGAAGGUGGUGGAGGUGAAGGAUACAGUUCAUCGUCAGUCUCUGCUGCAUCACACCUGCAGUCUGGUGGUCGAAAAUUACCCAGAAUCAUCAGACAUCUACUCUGAGAUCCCUGCCAUCACUCGCUCUGCCAAAGUGGACUUUGAACUACUGUCAGAGAACUUGGUCCAGCUAGAGAGACGCUGCAAAGCAUCAUGGGACAACCUGAAGGUGGUUGCCAAACACGAGACCAAGGUUCUGCUGAGGAACAAGAUGACUGAGUUCUUGAAAGACUGCACACAACGAAUCAUCAUUCUGAAGGUCGUCCACAGGAGGGUCAUCAACAGGUUCCAUUCCUUCCUUCUGUUCCUCGGUCAGCCAUCCUCCUCAGUGCGGGACAUCAAGGUCACUAAUUUUUGUAGGAUCAUUAGUGAGUUUUCUCUUGAGUAUCGGACAACUAGGGAGCGAGUCCUGACCCACAAACGGAAACGAGCCGCUCACCGGGAGCGAACUAAGACCCGUGGCAAGAUGAUCACUGAGACUGAGAAGUUCUCAGGGGCAGUGCCUCCUCUGGACAGCUCCUCCCCUGUUUGUAUGGCAGCAGAUUUUGAGCCAGGUCAGGAGGAGGAGCACGAGAACAUGAGGAACCUGCUGAUCAGCAACAGCAACAACAAUAUGGCCACCGAGCAUCAAGGCUUGAGGCGCUCCAGAGCUGUCCGCAGUCUCGGCAGAGCAAGUCCAUCCCAUAUGUCGCUAGCUAAAGAGGAUGGUGCUAACAGCCAAGAUGAUGCCACCGAUGAGAUUAUGGACCGGCUGGUCAAGUCUGUUACCCAGAAUCCUUCAGACAGGGCCUCCAGCCCCAAAACCCGCAAACGGUCCCGUCUCAACAGGAAGUCAUUGCGGAGGACUUUGAAGAGUGGACUCAGUCUGGAUGUGGUUCAAGCUCUGGGUCUCAACAAGACAGGAGACAAAGUCUGAAUAGGCAGACAUACACACAGACACACACACACACACACACACACACACACACACAAACACACACACAUACACACACAUUGUCCAGACUCAAACACAGACACACAAACACAGCUACAGCGACAGUUCAUGCACAGACUGUGAGCCACAACAGACUGAUCUGGAAGCAGCCAGGAAAGAAGAGCCUGAGAAAGACAAACUCAGACCAGCAGAUCCCGACAGCUCAGAAUUUUCACUCUGAGAUCAGCCACAGACGUGGAUGUUGGCAGCCUUCCAGACAAAGGUGAAGGCUGUUGUUCAGGAUUCGUUUGUUCUAUCAGCAUAACCCUGGAACAACCUCACAGCUUUUUUACAGCUUUUGUACCGAGUGAUGGAAGGCUGCACUUUAUUGGAAAAUGAACAAAAAUCACAUUAUUGCUCCUGCAGUUUCCUGUGGAGUUUUUCCUCAGACAGAAAGGAGCUUCCUGACCUGAGAAUCAUAAUUCUCUUUUCAUUUGAGUCAGACUGAACAAACUUCCAAUGAUUUUCAGCCCCCUCAAAAAUGCCAACUUUGAAUUGUGCAUGUAUACUGCCAAACCAAAUGUAUAGCGUCACCACACCAAUGAUGAACUGCUUAGCUGAUCUUGAUGAAGUUAUUAUCUUGUAUUUUCUGUGCACAGGAAUGCUGUAAAAGUCAUUUAAUCUGCAAAUGUGUAUUUCUGAGAGAGAUAUGGAUUGUGAUUGUUACAUUUUUGCACUGGGAGUUGGCUGGUUAAAGUUAAUGUUUCACUCCCUCUUUUGUGAUGUAGGUUAGUUUUCUGAACGUAUCACUGUUACAAAAUAAAUAAAUAAAAUAAAAAUAGUCCACCUAGUCACUGUUUCCAGGCCCAUAGGAGUAAAUUGUCACUCCAUGCUGAAGGAUCCAUGAAGGAAAGCAUGUUCACGUAGUUAUUAAUAAAAGUUUUUUUUUCAAA